AUGGACCUGCUCAACUCGUAUUUUCGCAACACGACCGCAAUUUUGCCUUCCUCAUUCGUCGUCCUCAAUGGCGAUUUCAAACAGCCAGGCGCUCAACUCUCUUUCGUGCCUGGUGCGACGGUGGACCAGCUUGCUCAAAGGACGUACAUCCUGCACUUUUCCGAAAGUCCGAGAGGUGGACACGGCAAACCUGAAGAUAGGAAAGCAGUCAACGCACCCGCAGACGCGCAUCCGCUCUUUCGGGGAGCUUUCGAUCGUUAUUGGACCCUCGAAGAGCAGCUGUGUGCGCCCGACAUCGCGUCGGGAGGUGCAAAGUCCAAUGCCGACGUGUCAACGCCUUCAGCCAAGUUCUGA